AUGAGAGGCACGCGAUCAUCGAAAACUGCAGCGGCGGAUGCUCCGAAAGACACCCCGGCCUCAAAGUCGAAAUAUGCCCUGUCUACAAAAUCCGGACAGUCUUCGAAGCUUUUUAUUCUGCCCCGUUCAGCCACAGAAGACGCGCGAAUUGUCUCUCUUCCUCACCCCCAGAAUGGACAACCUUCAAGAUACCUUGUUUGCCCAGAGACGGGUCUCUACGAAUUCACAAAAGUCGCAGCGCCAAAGACGGCGCCACGCAGCUGGCUGAUUGCAUCCGCCGACAGUGACAAGGAAAAUCAGGGCAGGAUUGAAAGCGCAGAGACGGUUACCAGCGCGGAGCUGUUUGUCGCAACGCAUGUCGACCCCCUGUUCCUUCUCCUCCCGGCAUUACUAGAUGACAAUGCAACGAAAUCACCAACAAAUCAGAAGCGCCUAUUCCUAUCAAUCGAAGACUAUCUUGAUAAGCUACCAGAGAAGUCGUCGAAUCUAUCAGAGGUUGCGCGAUGGCCCAAGAUGAAGGCCCUAUUGGAGUCUAGACUCGCUGCGAUAUGCGACAGCGUGGAUGCUGGUGAUGAGUCCAUGUUUCGAGUCAACGAGGUGAAGCUGUUCUCUGUUAUUCUUUCUAAAGCCACGCGUCUUGCUUCUGGGGGCCUGCCUGCUAGUGUCGAGGAGAAAUUCGUUCAAAAGGCCCUCGAGGCGCCUAUCCUGCUGCGAACUGCGAGCCUCCUCCCAGGCCCUGCCGCAGGUGUCGCUACGGCUCUCGAAGGUACCGGAUCCGGCACUUCAACACCGCGGACGGAAACAGCCGAGUCUCAAUCCAGUGUUGCAACUGAGGGCUCGACCUUUAGCGCGGCCUCGCAGCCUUCUACCGCGGCUUCCUCGUUCUCCGAGGAUGAUGUCGCCGUCACGACCGCGAUGACGGCGUCGGCCGAGGUUGUCCAGCUUCAGCGUCUCCGAGUCGCAUUUGAGUUCAUUUGCGCAAGCUAUAUCUCACAUGCUAUUGCCGACCGUUUGAAGCAAUCUCUCAGUGACAAUGCGACGUGCAAGGUGGAUUUCGGGCCGCUCAACACAUACUUGAUGGAACUCGAGAAGCUGCGCAAGGAAACCAUGGCAACACGGCCGACUAGUGACUUUUCAAGAAAGCGCAUGCGAGAUGAGGAGGAAGACGAAGCACGGCUAGAGAAGAAGCGAAAGCUGGAGGAAGAGAAGAAGAAGAAGGCCAAUGCAAGCAGAGGCGUAAGGGACUUGAAAAAGGUCAACACGACAGGGAUGAAGAAACUAAGUGCUUUUUUCACGAAGAAGUAA